AUGCCGACGCUGCUGUUUGCUGCCCUGGGGUCGAUGGGCGAUGUGCUGUUUGCCUUGCAGCUGGCCCUGCAUCGAGCGCACUUGGGUGACCAAAUCGUGUUCUUUACCCACUCGGAUCACAUCUCCACCUUCCGGCAUGUUCACCCCGAGCCAGCCAUGCGCUUCCGCUCCUGCGGCACCGAUGGGCAGCUCAACAGCGACCUGGACCAUGUCUCGAAACACACCCGGCGCCAGAUCGAGCUCGCAAGGCUGGCCGAAUGUCGCUCGCUCGAUUUUGAUCUCGUCGUCUUCAACCUCUUUGCCCUUGAAGCACAUGCCCUUGCCGAGGCAGCCGAUGUGGGCUCGAUCGCCGUCUCGCCGUUCCUGCCGACCCACAGGCCUUUCGCCAUGCCGCCGACACUCUGGGCGGAUAUCGUGACGAUGACCAUGGAAGCUGCCGAUGCUACCGAUGCUGUCGAUGCUGCCGACAGCGGCGAGCAAGGCGGCACAUGUCCUGCCGUCGAGAGUGCCCGCCCUGUCAAUGCAGACCGCAGCAACGCCCAGACAGCAAUCUGUCCUCCGGAUUUCCGCCUCUGGAUCUGGCGGCUUUGCCUCGACGACAUUGGUCGAUGGCGCACAUCGCUUGGUCUGCCCGAGUCGGUCGUCAGCGCACGCCAGGACCAUGGAGCUCUCGAGUAUCCGGACAUUCCGCUGCUGCUUCCAAUGAACUCCAGGUGGGCAGGGUCUGUCCCUGGAGCCCAUGUUCUUGGGCACUUUGAUCCUGGGCAGGUCUUUGGCCGGGCCGAGUACGCCGAGACCAACGAGAGCGAACCACCAAGCAACUCAGGCCCCGAGACCGCCGAGCAUGAUCCGAUCCUGGCAUUUGUGAACAGCAACCCUCAGGCCCCAAAGGUGUUUGUGACUUUUGGAUCGAUGGAGACGCUUUGUCCGGAGCUGGCCGAGACACACUCGCCGCAGCCCGGCGACGGACCCUCUGUCCUCUGCAACUUCGUGCGCAAGGUCGCCUUUGCGAUGCGGCUGGCCGGAUGCCAUGUUCUCUGGCAAGUCACUGCCGGAUCACCCCUGACAAAGGCUUUGCAGUCUGCUGCAUCUGACCACAUCAGGGUCUGGGAUCGGCCGGUUUCGCACUCAAAGUAUCUGCCCCUCUUCAACGCUGCCGUUCACCACGGAGGGGCCGGGAUCGUGGCUGCUUGUCUGUGUGCAGGCAUCAAGCAAAUCGUCGUUCCGCUGAUGUUUGACCAGUUCGAUUGGGCCGAGAAGGUGCAGUCCGAGGGUGUUGGCCGGUCCCUGGACUGGAAUGACACGACCCUGGUGGACUGGGGAGAUGCCAUCGCCUGGUCGCUGGAUCGCUCGGAUCUCGCCGCGCUGGAGCGAUGGCAGAGCGAGCUGGAUAGGGAUCGGGAAGAGGGCGUCUGUCUGAAACGAGCCAGCGCUGUCGUCGACGGCACCCUCGUCGAAGGGCCGCAGCGGCGGAUCGCAUUGCUCUGGGACAGGAAACGCAGCAGAUCCGACAAGAGCUUUGAUCCGCACGAGCCUACAGGGAAACGCCGAUGA